AGGUGGGUUUGGCAUAGGUCUGCUGCUCAGUGUUGCUAAAGUGCCAGUGGAGGUGUCUGUAGGCCUGGCUUCGUGGUCCUGAGAGGACCAGAACCAUGUCACACUUUUGGUGUUGCACCCUGCCCAACCCCAGGUCUGAGGCCCAACAUGCCACCCUCUUCUCCUUUGGCAAGAGAACUGGCAAUCAUCCUGCUCCACCUUCAGCUGUGCUGCAUCUCCGUCACUUCCCUUUGGGGAACAAGUGGGCACUUACCAGCUAUCCAACCUGUGAAGCUGAGGGCCUUGGGGAGAGAGAGGAGCCAAGUUUUCAGAGACACCAGGUGGAAAGUGUUGUUGCAUUUGUCUUGUUGGCUUUUUCUUACAAAUCACAGGAAGAACUAGUGCCCUAUAAAUCUCCUUACUCAGAAUUUAUACCUUUCCCCCAAAAUUUAUUAAAAUACUCAGGUCAUUUAAUGAGUACCCAGAACUAUUCACAGUUUAGAUACUUGCUCUUUCUUGGUCUAGAAAGACCAAUCCUGCUGGAAGGAUAUGCUCUGUAGAAGGCCCCACUCAACUACUGGGAAGAAAGCCCCUAAUUCAAGUCUUGCAAUGUGAUUUGUUACUACCACCAAACUCUCCCACUGACUUAAGAGGCCCCUGCUACCUCUUCAUUCAUGUUUUUAAGAACAAAAAAAUCAACCUGUACUCAUCCAUUCAAUUCACCUGUAGGUUCAAGUAACUCCCUUCCCCUGGGAGAGAGGCCAGAAUUUGAACUUUCCACAGCUGGGUUUCCAUUCUUCCAGGGAGAUGACCUGGAGCAGAUAAUUAGGGUGGCAGUCCAUUUAUACAAAUGGAAGAUCUGGGGCACCAGAGACCAUGUCCACUGAAGCAUCCACCCACAUAAGGGAGAUACGGGCCGUAUCUAAUUACCUGUAACACAAUACAAAGGCGCUUCUGUCCUAGACAGGCUGAAAGGGAUCAACACUAUGUCUGAAGACCUCAUUAUUAGAAUUCUAUUUUGAUUAGUGAUCUCACUGAGCUAUUUUGGAAUCAAAAUGUGGCUAGGUGCCAGGUCUCCCUCAAUGGCUUCAACAUGGCUUUUAAAGGGAAAGGAGACCAUAGUGCUGACUUUUGGUAAAAUGGGUGAAAGGGUCCAAGCCAGCAUCACUCAAAGUCCAGAUGAGAGAUCAGUAAAUACAACGUGCCUGAAAGGCAGGCCUUGGGCACAUUCCUCUGGUAGACAUUAACUUAUUAAAUCGAACCUGACUGCAAAUAUAAACUUUGCCCUCAUCUCCCUUGGCAACCAUAAGCGGCAGAUUUCAGUCUAUAACAGAAAGUGGAAACUAUCCCUGGCUUUCAGGUUCCAACAUCCCCUGUCAAGAUGUGGCACCUCAAACUCUUUGCAGUGCUCAUGACCUGCUUGCUGCUGUUGGGCCAGGUAGAUGGUUCCCCAAUACUGGCACCAAGUUCGGCAAAGAGAAGGCUGCGGAGAAUGACCCCGUUUUGGAGAGGAGUUUCCCUCAGGCCCAUUGGAGCCUCUUGCCGGGAUGACUCUGAGUGCAUCGCAAGGCUCUGCAGGAAUAGACGCUGUUCCCUAAGUGUGGCCCAGGAAUGAUGUGCAUACCAGGGGAAGAUGAUAUACUCAACGUCCAACAGUGCCCUCUUUUGUGGAAUAUUGUUUAACUAAAUUUUGGCUGGAGACAAGGGAAGCAAUCCUGUGUUUUAAUAUUUAAAGAUAGAUGUAUGCUUUCAAUUGGUCUCCAUAACUACUCAGAACACUGAUAUGUAGAUAUGCAUUAACUAAAUUUAAUGCAGGCUUUAUUUUUCUACCUAUACUAUUAAAUUCUCAAAUUGAAAUUC